GUGUUUGGAAAGCGGUCGAUCGCUGAAGUAAUGAGCGGAAUCAUGUAAAAAAAAUCGUCUAUGAUAAUUUUACAUUGUAUAUUAGUUACCUCUUAAGUGAAUUUUAAUAAAUCCAAUGUAAAAAGGACAAUAUAUAAACGGAGUUGGAAUUUACAAGCAAGAUGGCCAAGGAAAUGAUGAUAGUGUUUGUGUACGACACACAAUGCUGCGUUGCGGAGGAGGAUGACCCCAUCAACGCUGUUCUGUACUUCCACCCUGGUUGGGUGUCUGAUACACAACGGCAUGCCUUAGCCGGACAGGUGGUAGGCGCCGCGCACUGCGUCAAGUCGUUGUUCUCGCAGCCCACCGCCAUCACUCUUCAAAGCGGCAAGUUCAUCAUUAGGGAGUACGGCAGAUACAUUCUGGCCAUAGGCAGCGACCGCAACAUUCCCGACUGGGUGCUCAAAAACCGCGCGUCCCUCCUCACGUCCAUGAUCAAAGUGUACCACGGGGACCUGCAAGCCUUAGCUGUUCAGAUGGAGGACCAGAAGCGGCUGUCGGAGAAACUGUAUCAGAUCUUCGAGACGUACUUACCUGUGCUACAAUAUGGAUGUCACAUUUUUCAACGAGUGCCAAUGCUUAGUCUACCAAAGAGUGCCACAGCAGUAUAUCUGGAAUCCAUGCAGAUCCUGGAGCAGUGUCGUCGCAACCGCGGCGUGCUGGGUGGCGUCGUGCUAUACAAUAACAAAAUCGUCGCAACACUGCUACCACCAAGCCUCACGUCCUACCUAACCGUUGUGGACCCGUACCGGAUAAAAUCUCCUGCCGAGACCCUUGAAACAGAAACGCCAUUACCGCUAGGCGCUCAGCUAUUGGUCGUUUACGUCGCUAAGAAGAUGUAUAACAGCCUUAAGAAGCAAGCGGAGAAGAUGCAGGAGUUCAGUCACAAUGGGGAGGAGAUGAUUGCUAGGUUCAAGAAGAACCAAGAAGCCGAACGGGACAAGCGCGACUUCCCGACAGGGAUGAAGCGAGACAAAUCCCUCCUGUUCACCGCCGUGCCAGAAGAGGACCACACGAUGAUCUCCCCUCCCACCCGCGACCCGCACGACCCCCUGCCCCCCGCCAUGCCCGACGUCGUCCCCUUCACCAACAAACCCAGACCAAGACCAAAUAAAUUAUCUCUAAGCUUCAAAACACAAAUAUCGGUCGACGAGGAAUCAAAGGAAAAUGAAAAAGUAUUCACAGGACAAACUAGUGUCUGCUCCACACCCAUGCUAGAAUAUAAAAGACUCCACGGAAAUAUGCUCUCCAUCUGCCAAAACCCCGACCCGCAGAAAGAAAAACUAGAAUCAGAACCCGAUGUCUUAAAGAACAUAGAAAAUUGUGCCAAAGUCAUUGAGAACGAAAAGAGAGACAACAAAAUAGUCUUAGACAUCAACUGCAUCGCUGAUCAUUAUAUAAACAAACCUGAACCUAUUCGGAAAAUGGCGAGCGUUAUAGACAUACAGGAAACCUUUAAAAACGUCACUAACAGAGCCACAGCUAAAUUCAAAUUAAAAAGAUCACAUGUCCCUUUAAGUGAUGAUAUGUCGCCUGAACAAAUGCAGAAAAGCGUCAGUACAAUGACAAUUAACGAUCCCUCCUUUCCCGUAUUCAGAAAUGACGGGAUCGAAAUAUCAGAAUCCCUAUUCAACCAAUACUUAGAACAGCACUACGCUAGCAUGAAACAAGAUUUAUCCAAAGAGGACAACAUGUUCACUUUUAACAUGAAACUAUGCGAGCAGGAGAAAUUCGAGGGCUUCGAUUCGGAGUUGACGAAAUCGCCUCAACGGACACCAAAGAAAAUCCCCAAAGAUUCUAAAACCGUCGAUCAGUCCAGGCGAAAAUCGCUGUCAUUACCUUUAAAAUCUUUAUCAGAGAGCUCAGAAUCGCAGAUCGGCUCGGAUUCGUCGGCUAGCUUUAAGAAGAAACUAAGUGGCGUGCAAUUGACGCCAUUGAUGGAGAAGUUAAGUCACCUGGCGUUCUCGGACAAGUCGAGCGGGUAUAGCAGUCGAGUAAUGACGCCGCUCGAGCUUAGAGAAUUUACUCCGGCGGCUGAACGACAAAUAACCUUCAAUGACAGACCAAAAACCCAGCGCCAAGACUCGGAAUCGGACUACGACUCCGACUCAGACUUGGAGCAGCUACCUUCCUACACGCAGCACGCCGUGAAAUGCGGGUUAUUCGUGAGCGGCCUCCACAACAUGGCGUUACUAGCCCUCGUGGACGUCAACGCGGCUGGCGACAGCGACGUCAUCAACUCCUUGUGGGAAACCUCCCUAAACGCCCUGGGGCCCAUCGAGCAAAAAUGCAUGGAGCCCCUCGGAGCAGGCGCGGACGACGCGAGCGACUAUAGCUAUCUUACUCUAGAUCCCGAUUGGGGCACUGUCCGUAAAGGCGGACCUUGGGCCGCGCUUGAUAUAGCUACCAUGGGGCUGAUACACCAUGAGUUUGCUAGCGAUCCUGAUAUGUCGGAGAUGAUUCUAAGGAGCGACGAGAGCUGCGUGGUGGGCGUGUCGAUGGGCGGCGCGCAGAUCUACUACCAGGAGAGCGGCGCGCGCGGCGCCGGGCCGCCGCCGCCCUCCGACCCCCUCGCCGCCGCCGGCCUGCGCGCGCGCCGCCGUCUGCACCGAGACCACGCCGCCACCAUCAUAUAACACCUGGGCUCUAGAGGCCUAUGAAUAGUACCAACCGUUCCUCAAUUUAUUAUUUAAACCGACCGAUCGGUUAGAAGUUUUUAAAAAUUAGAAACUACCGAGUACAGAUGUAUGCUUGUGUGAAAUAAUGACAUGGAGCCUGAAAUAUCAUGGCGCCUUUGUUCAGUAGGUAUAAAUAAAUAAAGUAGGUACCUAUCCCUAAAACUCACCUAAUUCCUGGUAAUGACUCGUUUAUUAUUAAAUAGGUAUAUAGAAGGGUGUAAAUAUUCCAAUUUUCCCCACCGGGCACAGAUGGAACAAGGUGUUUCAUAUAAAUCAUUUCAAUUUUUUCCCAGUCAAUGUAUAGCGGCAGUCACGUGAGAGAGAGACAGAUGGGAAUACACCCGUGGAACGCGUAUUAUUUCGUUAUAUUAAUGUAAGCUUGUGACGCAGUCAAUCUUUGAUACCGUCUAGAAUAGUUAAGAUGUGUAGUUGGAAUCUUAUUCCUUAUUUUAUAAUCUUAUUAUUAUUAUGUAGAAUUCACUAUUUAUACAAGAUAUCACAAAAUCAUAAAGGAACUUGAUUUGCGAAAUCAUGUAGAUGCAUCUAGCAUGCUUACCACAUAUUGUGCUUAGCACUCGUCCAGUCACGCCAAAAUACUUUAUUUUUUACCUAAAAAGGGUUGACCUUGCCAUAGAUUUUUAAUUAUACAACGUAUUUGCUAGUUUAUUUAUUAGCUAUUGUAUUCCACAUAUAUUAGAUAUAAGUAUGUUUUUAUUAUUAUUAGCAAAGAGAAUUUAGACUAGUGGAAUAUUGUCAAAGUAAAUUAUGUAUUCAGUACAUUUACUGCCAUCUUUCUAUACAAAUGAUUAAAACUUUUAGAACGCCAUUAUUUCUUCACUGAUAUGUGUUAAAUUUGUUAAAUAUCAAAAGAGUAUCGCCAUCUACUCGAGGAUAGACCAAAGGUAUGGUGCCAUCUUUUCGAGCGAUGGCGCCAUACCUUUGGCCUACUCUCGAGUAGAUGGCGAUACUUUUUGAUAUUUAACACAUAUCAGUGAAUGAAUAAGGAUCAAAGUCAAAUGGCGUUCUAAAUUUGUGUGUCGAAAAAUAGCAAUAAAUGUACUGACUACAUAAUGUACUUUGACGAUAUUCCUCUAUUUCUAAUUCUCUUUGUUAUUAGGAACUGAAUGAAUUAACUUUCGGUGCCGUGCUUCCCAAUUCCCGUACUAAAUAGACUUUUGGCAGUGAAGUGUUAACUCUUAGAAUUGCUUCGGGUUAUGGAAAGUCGUCUUCUAUUAAAGUAGGUGGUUGUGGGAUUAAGAUGAGAUGAAAAGUUUUCCUUGAUCCCAUUUAUAUUUUGAUCAAGAUUUAUUUUUUGACUAAAGUACCUACUUUUUGCAACUGUUUUAUCUGAAUUUGCAGAAUUAAUGACCAGUACAAGAUUUGUAUACAGGUGUCUACAUAUCAUUCCCAUCCCACCUACUCGUGGGUUUUCUAAAUCUUCUAUGUAUAUACCGACCGUAUACAUAACAGAGCAAAAAGUGGUAGACGUAAAAAGUAUAAAUAAUCUGUACUUUAAGGAAAGGCAGCUACUUCCAGUGUUUAAAGACUGGACGUUUCACGGACCUUUUCAAAUAGUGGUAGUCUAUUUAUACCAUGACUUUGAAACAAAACUUCAUCCGACAAAUGUAAGAGGUCCCAAUGAAUCACCAUGACGGACUUGACACGUGACGAUUCAGUAAGUUUACCUUUUCAGGCUUUCAUUUACUUUACUGUAAGAAUUAUUAAGUAGAAAAAAACUACACUACCUCUGCUUGCUUCAUUUUGUAUCCAAGAAAUGGCAAGUCACGAAUUGUAUUCCUCUUUAGCUCAUCUUAUUCUUGCCAUUAGAUAUAAGUUUCUGGCCAAGUAGGAUAAUGGUAUUUAUGCGCGCUCAAUCUUGCCAUCCAAUCAGAGUAUUGUUAGCAGUUUUUUAUGUAUACUUUGUAUUCCAUGUUUUUGUUAUUCAGUAUUAUUUGACAUUCCAAGUUGUGUAAUGUUAUUAUUUUGACAUAUUUCACGUUGCCACGAGAUAUCCUCAUAACAAAUUACGUCUAACGAUUGUUAUUUUACAUCAUUGAAAACAGACAGCCACUAGCCAAUACGGUUUUCACAUUGGUGCCGUGACCACGAUAACUCCGGGAAUCUUAUGGCGUCCAUCGAAAGGGUAAAAUACGACCAUAUUAUUAUUCUUACAUGAUCUAAUCAUCAAUUGUUUUCCGAUAGUCAUGUAAGGAGUACGACGUUCAAGGCAACCCGGAAACUGUAAUUAUAUGUCCGGUAAUAAAGGGUUAAGGUUCAAGUCUCCCGGCAACAUGAAAUUAACAAUUUUACCUAGUUUUAAGAAAUGUACAAAAUGUUACGCGUCCAAAGCUAGUUUUUUUGCAUAACAAUUUCUCGUAUGUUAGUGCUAUUAUUUUAACAGCCAGAAUGAGUGCUUAUUUAUACAAAACAUACGUUUUUGUGCAAUUUACGAUAGUCUAAUCAACGAAUUACAUGAAACAAAUUACUUACAAACAAUUAUUAUGGGUCCCAUAUAUCUAGUUUUCUAACAUUCCAUAAAUUAGUCCUACCUAAAAUACCUUUACUCGAUUGGAAUGUUAUUUUUAUUGUUUUUUAAAUAAUUUUAUAUUUUUACAUGAUUUGGAAGGACAUUUGAAAAGUUGCCAUUGUAAGGAGUGCCAAUGUGACACGUAUGUAAUAUUUAUUUAUAAUAGUUAUACAUAGAUAUUGUUAAGGAUUUUAAUAAAAACCCAAUAGAGAA